CGAAACAAAAACAAACAGAGCGAGAGGGGCCAGAGGCGCUCCGAGGCGGCUGCGGCGGAGGCUGAGGAGCGGAGUCCGGUGGGUCGGAGACCCGGGCGAGCGGUGGCGGCGGCGGCGGCGGCGGCGGCGGCGGCGGCCGGAGGAGAUUUUAAAGGAGGACUUCCAUUUCAUAAUUUUUGUAUAAUCAGUGCAAGUGAAAUUAAGGAAAAAUGGAUGUAGAAAAUGAGCAGAUCCUGAAUAUAAACCCUGCUGAUCCUGAUAAUUUAAGCGACUCUCUCUUUUCUGGUGAUGAAGAAAAUGCUGGCACUGAGGAAAUAAAGAAUGAAAUAAAUGGAAAUUGGAUUUCCGCAUCUUCUAUUAACGAAGCUAGAAUUAAUGCUAAGGCAAAACGACGGCUACGGAAAAACUCCUCGCGGGACUCUGGCAGAGGCGAUUCAGUCAGUGAUAACGGAAGUGAAGCAAUCAGAAGCGGAGUAACUGUGCCCACCAGUCCAAAAGGAAGGUUGCUAGAUAGGCGGUCCAGAUCUGGGAAAGGAAGGGGGCUGCCAAAGAAAGGUGGUGCAGGAGGCAAGGGUGUCUGGGGCACACCUGGUCAGGUGUAUGAUGUGGAGGAGGUGGAUGUGAGAGACCCAAACUACGAUGAUGACCAGGAGAACUGUGUUUACGAAACUGUGGUUCUGCCUCUGGAUGAGACUGCGUUUGAGAAGACGCUGACACCGAUCAUACAGGAGUACUUUGAGCACGGAGACACGAAUGAGGUCGCGGAAAUGUUAAGAGAUUUAAACCUUGGUGAAAUGAAAAGUGGAGUGCCGGUGUUGGCAGUGUCCUUAGCAUUGGAGGGGAAGGCCAGUCAUCGAGAAAUGACAUCAAAGCUACUUUCUGACCUUUGUGGUACAGUAAUGAGCACAAAUGAUGUGGAGAAGUCGUUUGAUAAGUUGUUGAAGGAUCUGCCUGAAUUAGCAUUGGACACUCCUAGAGCACCACAGUUGGUGGGCCAGUUCAUUGCCAGAGCUGUUGGAGAUGGAAUUUUAUGUAAUACCUAUAUUGAUAGUUACAAAGGAACUGUAGAUUGUGUACAGGCUAGAGCUGCUUUGGAUAAAGCUACUGUGCUUCUGAGUAUGUCUAAAGGUGGAAAGCGCAAAGACAGCGUGUGGGGAUCUGGAGGCGGGCAGCAGUCUGUCAAUCACCUUGUUAAAGAGAUUGAUAUGCUACUUAAAGAGUACUUACUCUCUGGAGACAUCUCUGAAGCUGAACACUGCCUUAAGGAACUGGAAGUACCUCAUUUUCACCACGAGCUUGUGUAUGAAGCCAUUGUAAUGGUUUUAGAGUCAACUAGAGAAAGUGCAUUCAAGAUGAUCUUAGAUUUAUUACAAUCCUUGUGGAAGUCUUCUACCAUUACCAUAGACCAAAUGAAAAGAGGUUAUGAGAGAAUUUACAAUGAAAUUCCAGAUAUCAAUCUGGAUGUUCCACACUCAUACUCUGUGCUGGAGAGAUUUGUGGAGGAAUGUUUUCAGGCUGGAAUCAUUUCCAAACAAGUCCGAGAUCUUUGUCCAUCAAGGGGAAGAAAGCGUUUUGUAAGUGAAGGAGAUGGAGGUCGUCUUAAACCAGAGAGCUACUGAAGGCAGAGCUCUUGCAGUCUUAGCUGGGAUAGCGGCAGAUCUGAACUGCCCGAAACUUAAUACUGAAGCCUUUUCUUCAAUGUUGGGUGGAAGACUGACGUGCAUGUCCUAAUUAAAUCAGCACAGCUGCUGAGCCCUCGUAUCUCCAUUAAAACAUCACAAUGAAAGUCUCGUGCCUGCAUCAGAUCUGACAUGCCACUGAAAAGGGUGGGCACUACUAAAAGUAAAGCACAGUAACUAGUUUCCUACGUUACAAGCAAGAUGCUGCCCAUCAUGGUAGGUUAAGUUUUAGCUGUUUACAGAAAGAGCAACUCUAGCUUUGUAUAAUUAAAUCACUACUCUUUGUUUUCCUUUGGUUUUUACCUCUUACACAUCCAAAAUACAAGAGGAAAACAAUGAUACUUGGUGUUCAUCUGUUUGAACCAUUGUUAGUGGAAAGGGUGUGUGGCUAAAGGACUGGCAAAGAAUGUGUUGACACUGGUGAGGGUAACAUCAGUGCCCUCGUUUGCUUAGGCGGUUUCUGCUUUAGUAGGACUGAUUCUUGUUCUAGGCCCCUUAGGCCUUGACAGGAGAGAAACAGGAAGGGAAGGGCUAAAAUAAGCAAGGUGGAGAUCUAAUGGCUAGUGUUGGCCAGGAUAUGCACUUUUGAUAAUUGCCCUGGGAGUCUAGAGUAAGAAGGAACAUUCUUUUCUUUCUUUUUUUCUCAUAGCAGUCUGCUACUCACCAAACAGAAGUGUUUUGUAGGGUGUAGUGAUUUUUAAGGAGUUGUGGCUACUUCUAAGCAGAGUAUCAAUGCAGAUGGGAUGUAUACAAAACCAGAGAUGGAUGGAUCAAAAAAGAAAAACAUAUUACUGAAAUGUGUAUUGGAAAACUGCCAUGAGGGCCUACCAUAUGCCAGACAGUGUUCAUCAGUGAACAAAAAAAUCUUUUGCCUUUUGGAGCUACAGCUGGGGAUAAGGGAAGAGAAACAACCAAGUAGCUUAGUACAGAUAGAAGUUUAAAUUGAAUGCUGGAAGACGGUAAUCCAAUUGUAAUAGGAAAAUCAUUAGGAUGACACUUAUGCAAAGACUGUUUUUAUAUGUGUAAGUUUAUGUGCUAUACUUUGGAAAUGUGGACAAAUCAAAAAGCCUGUUAACUUCCACAGCGAAAGAAGGCUUAUGGAAAUGAGCACCCUCUUUCAAUUUUUUUUAUAGAGCUACUUUGCUUUAUCUGCUAAAACCAAGUAUUUGACCUCAGAGCUAUCAUACUUAUGAAACUACAGCAGAUGUUUAUGAGUUGGGAUGGCCACUCAGCAUUGCAUUAAAAAUGACAUUGACGAGCAACAUGUUCAGCAAUACUGAACCCACUUGUUCACCAACUGGCCAAGAGAUAAAUUAUGGGUUAUGCACAGACUAGAAUGCUAUCUCAGAUUAAAAAAUGAUCCAGAUUGUGAUGGCAUGUUAAGACAAAUAUUAAAAUGAAGAAGUAGAUGUAUUCUUACCAUAUUGGAACCCAUAUAUAUAUAUAGCAAGACAGGGUUUCCUUGUAGUGUUGGAGCCUGUCCUGAAACUCUUAUCUAUAGACCAGGAUGGCCUCGAACUCUGUUUGCCUGUCUCUGCUUCCUGAGUGCUGGCAUUAAAGGUGUGUGCUGUCACCACCUGGCAUGUUCAACACUGCUAAGUGCAGUGUCACUAUACUGUUGUCUUCAGACAGGGUAACUGGAAAAUACUGUGCUGUUUCCUUCCCUUUUUAAAGUUUGUAAUCUCUCUCGGAGAACAUAGUUCUCAUGGGCAGUGUACUUUAAGAUCCUGAGAAGUCAAUGCAAACCUCCACAGUAAUGGAUGUCUAAAAUGAAUGCAAAAGAACUCAAAGAAAAACGUUUGUCAUAUGAUAUUUUACUGUUUUUGGGGCACUGAAAGACUUGUCUAAGAAAGAUGCUUUUAAAAUCAGUCAUGUAUUUAGACAAGUUGGAAGAGGAGAUCACUAAAGUGUCCUUUUUACCUUAAGAAUGCAUAUUCCCUUCAGAGUCUUACCUGCAAUUCAUCAUGACAUGUUUCUAAAUCAAAUAUUUUUCAGUUGUAAUAGUUACAAAGGACAUGAUUUCUACAUACUUAACAUCAAUUUUUAAAACCAAUGUAAACAGCAAUUUGGUAGUGACGUUUUAAUAAAAAGGAAAAGUUCUUAGAGCUUUUAUAUUAUUCAUUUUAAUCCCUAGAUCUCUAUUUUUAACACAAUUUUAAUCUAAUGUAACAUUUUCAUACUUGGUAUGUUACUGAUCGUACUAGCAUAUUAGCUGGUUACAAAAAUUUAAAUAAAUUAAUAAAAUUAAAACUUUAAAGUACACAUUGUUAAAAUUAUUGACCACACAUCUGUUACUAAGGACUUUUUUUCUCAGUAAGUUUACAUAUGCUUGGCCGAGAAUUUAUUGGAAUUGCUAUAAUCUGACUUUUCAUUUAUAUGGGCAUAAGUACUGAGAUGGGAAUGGGAAAAAUUUUUGUUUGAACUUGUUAUAUAUUUGAAAGUCAUAGUGACCUAUUAUUAAUAAUUAAUUCUAGUGAACAACAAAUUAGUAAAUUAAUUUUUCCUCACUGUGUAUGCUAGGCUAGCAUUUCACUACUGAGCUGCAUCCUUAGUACCUACACUUCCUUGUAUAGUUUUGGAAGUUGAGCACCGAGCAUUUCCUUUUGUGAAAGCUCACCAUUCCCUAAGAAUCCCAAGUCCUUAGUCUUGAAACGCACUUUAUUUACUGUCUCUGGUACUCAAGAGAUUUUGGUCCUUGAAGUAUUUCAUCGUAGUUCUACACUGGCUACGAAAAUGCCUUUUUCUUUUUUGUUAUGUGAUUGUGAAGGGAGGGGUAGGUAUAGAAAAUGAGACUAAGCAUGGUUAUCUAUAGGCUCCUUUUUUUCAGGAAAUUAAGACUUAGAGACUUCACAUGGAAGUUAAUGGUCUACAAGUUCACUAUUCUUAGCCUUGCUUGCCUUUAUUCUGCCCUGAUUGUCUUUAGGUGUCUUGAAGCAUAUGUAUACCCUCACAUAAAUACUACUCAUUUGUAAAAUCACAUUAUGUUGUACUUAGAAAUAUUAAUAGAUUUUCUGAGAGAAUUUUAUAGUUAACUAAAAUUUGAGAUGUUCUAUGAAGGAAAAGUUAUUUUCCUUUUUAACACCAAAACUUUCUUGAAACUUAAAUGUACUAAAGUAUGUAAUGAAUUUGCAGCAGGAGAACUAAAAAUGUAUUAUUUGCCAAACUUAUUUGAUCCUGGACUCCUUUAAAAAAUGCUUACAUGGUAUACAGCCUGUAGAUGUGUGGUAAGACACAUGAUAGGUGGAGCACACUCCAAGGAAAACACCAUUAUUUACAAUAUAAUAAAGCUACUUUGAAAUCACCCUUUUCCUGAAUAAUUUAUAAAGAUCAAUAUGGUUUAUCUUUUUUCAUUAGUAAGUGGAAAGUUCAGACACUCUUGGAAAAUACUGUCUUUUAAAGGAACUACUUUAACAUGAAAAGAGAAAUAUCUUGCAGAGUAUUUGAGAAACUGGCAAAAAUAACAGCUGUUUGCUGUUGCCUGUCAGAAUAGCAUUCUAUGACACAGGUACAGCAUGGUGACAGUUGUGCUGCAUGCACAUGCAGACCUAGAGUGGCACGGGUGGACAUGCGCUGUUCUCUGUGGCUCUCUAUCUUAAAGGUGGUCUUACACUGGCAGCUGCAAUCACUGCAGUAUCUUCAAGACAAAAGGACCUGUGCAGAUGUAAAAGCUGUUUUAGGAGGACGACUGAAAGACACUUUAAAGAGUCUAAUACAGGCAGUGGAUGUUUCAGUCUUGGCAACCAGCUGGAUCACAGAACAAAAAGAAGAGGAGCUUUGGUCAUGGUGUCUCUUCACAGCAAUAUAACACCGACUUAAAACAUCACAAUUCAGGUUUAGGUUCAGCAAGUGUGCAAGUUCAGUUGGAAGAUAAAAAUGAUUGAGGUACACAGAGUCAGCUGUACAUCAGUAUCAAUGACAGAGGUACAAAAUCACUCAGGGGUGGAAAAUGGUGGGUGGUGGGAUUAGUGGUAAAAACACAGGAAUACACAGUAGUGAAGAGAAGCAUCCUUUUAAAGCAUUUUGCUUAUUUUGUAUGUGUGUAGGUGCACACAUGCCAUACUAAUGCAUGGGAAAUAGAGAAUUCAUAUCAAGUCUCACAUCAAUCCCUAGCAAUAAGAGUUCAAUGAAUAUUAGCAAUACUGUACUGUACCGCUAUAUUGAUGUCAUAAAACUAGAUUCUCAAAAAAAAUGAAGUCUAAAAAAGUUAUGGGGGUAUAUUACUAAUAUUUAAUAAA